GACCUCAGAGGCACCGAGAAAAUGAAGCCGCCCCAGCCCUGCCCCGAGGGACGCGCCACGAGGGCGGAGAUGCAGAGAGGGCCCCGCCACAACUCGCUGUAACGUGAGCCUGGCUCCGGCGGAAGGGCUGCCAAGGGCCGAUCAAAGGCGGUCUCCCGGGCUCCGAAGACAGAGCGAGCUUCGCCCUCCGUUGGCAGACACCGGCAGGCGUCCGGGAGGAGGUGUAAUUUAGGCAGAACUUCCAAGGCGACGCGGAGACGGUCGGCAGGGUCUUUGAAGAAAGCACUCCUUUGAGGUCCCAAGGGCUGGCGUCCUCCAUCCAGAGCGCGGCUAGGAAAGGAGGCGGGGAGUGGGCGGGGCCGGGGCGGGGCCUGGCGUCGACUCGGGAAUCUUCGGCCCAGGCUCGGCACUCCUGCCCCUCAUCUCCGGUCCCUGCAUGAGCCCGGGGCCGAUCCGGAAACAGCCGAGCGGAUCCGGAAACAACCGAAAGGACCCGGAAGCGGUGAGAGCAAUCGCCAGGGAGUGAGGGAAUCCGCCGUUUGCACAGAGGCGAUGGCGGCAGCUGCGUCGGCUGCUGCGGGCGAGGACGGCCGGCGGCGGCCAGGGGUCGCGCUGGACCACCAGCCCCAGGAGGGGGCAAAGGCUGAGGCUGAGUCCGGGGAGCUCUGCCGUCUUCGAGCCGAGCUGGCAGCUGCCCUGGCAGAAAUGGAGACCAUGAAGGCUGUGGCGGAGGUGAGCGAGAGUACGAAGGCCGAGGCUGUGGCUGCAGUGCGGCGGCAAUGCCAAGAGGAGGUGGCCUCGCUGCAGGCCAUCCUGAAAGACUCCAUCUGCAGCUAUGAAGCCCAAAUCGCUUCUCUGAAGCAGGAGCGGCAGCAGCAGCAGCAGGAGUGUGAGGAGAAGGAGCGGGAACUGGGCCGGCUGAAGCAGCUUCUGUCCCGCGCUCACCCCCUGGACUCGUUGGAGAAGCAGAUGGAAAAGGCCCACGAGGACUCGGAGAAGCUGCGGGAGAUUGUGCUGCCCAUGGAGCAGGAGAUUGAGGAGCUGAAGGCGAAGCUGCUGAGGGCAGAGGAGCUGAUUCAAGAGAUCCAGAGACGGCCCCGGCACCCCUCUUCCUUGCACGGCUCCACAGAGUUGCUGCCCCUGUCCCGGGACCCGUCUCCCCCACUGGAGCCUCUGGAGGAGCUGAGUGGAGAAGGGGGUACGGCAGCCGAGGCCUUCGCCCACAACUGUGAUGACAGCGCUUCCAUAUCCUCCUUCUCCCUCGGUGGUGGGGCCAGCAGCAGCACCUCCCUGCCCCAUAGCCGCCAGGGCCUGAGCCCUGAGCAGGAAGAGACGGCCUCCCUGGUGUCCACGGGCACCCUGGUCCCUGAGGGCAUCUACCUGCCCCCUCCUGGUUACCAGCUUGUCCCAGACAACCAGUGGGAGCAGCUGCAGACAGAGGGGCAGCAGCUGCAGAAGGACCUAGAGAGGCUCAGCCGCGAGCGAGAUGAGCUACAAGAGGGCCUGAGACGGAGUAACGAGGACUGUGCCAAGCAGAUGCAGGUACUCCUAGCCCAGGUCCAGAACUCGGAGCAGCUGCUUCGGACCCUGCAGGGGACCGUGAGCCAGGCCCAGGAGCGGGUUCAGCUGCAGAUGGCAGAGCUGGCCACCUCCCACAAGUGCCUGAGCCACAAAGUAAAGCGGCUGAAUGAGGAGAACCAAGGGCUCCGGGCUGAGCAGUCUCCAUCUGCAGCCCCCCGGGGCCUGGAGCAGGAGGAUGGCAAGCAAGAGGCGCUGCCCAGCUCAGUGCCGGAGCUGCAGCAGCUGGUGCGAUACACGCGGCAGGAGGCGCGGGCCAGUCAGCAGACCCGGGAGCACGAGGCUGAGCGCCUGCGCAUUGAAAUUGUGACACUGCGGGAGGCGCUGGAGGAGGAGACGGCAGCCAGGGCCAGCCUGGAGGGGCAGUUGAGGGUGCAACGGGAGGAGUCAGCUUCCCUGUGCAGCCUAAGGACGGAGCUGGAGCGAGUCCAGCAGGAACAGAGCAGGGCCGGGCAGCAGGAAGCGCUGAGGCCACCAUCAGCCUUAGGCCAGACAGAGGAGGCCCCGCUCACCGACCUCUUCUCAGAACAGAGGGCCAAGAUGCUGCGGCUGCAGGCGGAGCUGGAGACCAGCGAGCAGGUGCAGAGGGAUUUUGUACGUCUCUCCCAGGCCCUGCAGGUACGCCUGGAACGGAUCCGCCAGGCAGAGACACUGGAGCAAGUGCACAGCAUCCUGGAUGAGGCGCCCCUCAGGGAUGUCAGGGACAUCAAGGACACCUGAAGGGCCAGUGCAAGAAUCCCCCUCACUCCCACCCAUGUCGGGGAGACUGCCUUUCUUCACUCCAGAACCCAAGGCCUAGGCUUUGGGGCUCGGGAUGGACGCUUCACCCUCUGCAGGCCUGGGGUCGAGGUGAUGGGGCCACCGCUGCCGGCCCUCUAGCACCUCCUGCCAGGGGUAGCUGAGCCUUCUGCUCUCAGGGAUGAUACCUGGGUGAGGGUCCCAACCCCUUCCUGGAACCAAAGGUGCAGGCUCAGCCCUGCAGC